UAUAGAUUAUGUUAUAACAUCUGCAGCAAAAAAGUGGAGAGAGUUUAAGGCUGACCUAAAGAACAAAUAUUUUGAUGAAACAUUGAGUUUUGAAGAGCUUAUUGCUAAAAGGGAUGAAAGGGUGAAAGAAUCUGAUUGGGAGUGGUUGAUAACUUAUUGGAUGUCUCCAGAAGCCGAGGUUCGUACAAACAGAGGUAAAGAUAACCGUUCAAAGCUGACUAUGUCGCAUGCAGCUGGCAGCAAGAGUUAUGCUCGUGUGGGGCAUGAACUGGCCGAGCAACAAGGACGCCCUGCGAGAAGAGAUGAAAUAUAUGUUAGAACACACACGCGUAAGAACAAAGAAGGGGAUAUUGUGCCUCUACCUGGAGCAGAAAUAUUCAUUAAUAAAUUUGAAGAAGCUGUUGCUGAGAACCCAGAACUGAAGGACAGAAGUAUUGAAGAUGGUGAUUUAUAUGCACAUGUUUUUGGAGAGAAAGAACCAAGAGGUCGUAUUCGUGGUUUAGGCUUAGGACCAACUCCACAAGAUGUAGGCACCCCUGGAACUCAAAUGAAAAUAUCAACAAAGCUUCAAAUGGCAUUGCAAGCUCGCAGUCAGUCUGAGCAAGAGGUUAGAGCCUUAAGACAGGAUAUGAAUCAAAUGAAAGAAAAAAUGGAUCAAAUUUAUCAAAUGAUGGUAGCAGCUCAAGGGGUGCAACAUAUAGAAAGCCCAUCACAACAUGGGCCUAAUUCUCGACAGGUGAUAUAA